AUGCCCUUGGUCGUCACUGGAGUAUUCGUUUCACCGGGCGUACACCAAACACGUAUUUGUCCUUCAUAUCUAAGAGUAAAGGGAGUCUCCCCAGGCCGCAUCCCAGAUCUGACGAGGAGUUUUUUCAGCGCUAAACAGCAAGGCUUCCUCCCAAUCCAUUUCAAAGCUAAUGCCGGCAAACGGUUAACGGCUUUUCGUUGUCGCAUAAAUCAAACGAGCAAACGCUUCAUUGCAGCUUCUUAUCGCCGGCAUCACGUGCAUGAUCAUAUAGCGUCUGCUUCAACCUCUGCUUUGCACUCUUCUGCGUGCCGUGGCGAUGACCAAAUUCGGCAGCUCUGCAAAGGCUGCAAAAACACCCAGGGGAAACGGGAGCAGGAUUCCAUUGAGUGCGCCUCCGUGGGGGAGAAGCGGCUGGCGUCUACUUCAACCUCUGUUUUGCUCUCUUCUGAGUGCCGUACCGAUGACCGACCCGGCAACUUUGCUAAGCGUGCCAAAAUACCAUGGCAAGGCAACCUUAGCAGGCGUUCUAAAAGAGCCUCUGCGGCAAAAAGAAAGCAGGAGGAGGAAACCGAGGUAGAGGCCUCUUUGAGGCUUUCCAGUCAAUCUCAACGGAAGCAGGAUGUUUUAUCACAUGAAAAGCUUGGUGAGCGUAACUACCGUUUGUACUGCAAAUCAGUUUACACAUAUUCGUUGAAAAGUAAGAGGAAACUAUCAAAAGGCUUGCAAGACAACAAAAAAGCGGCAACUUCCAUUCGACGAUCCCAGGAGACCACGGCUAAGAAAACCGCACGUAACGCAGCGAAAGCUGCGGCAACGUCCAUUCGACGGUCCCAGGAAUCCAUGGCUGAGAAAACCGCACGCCAUGCAGCCGACGCCGCUGCAACUUCUACUGCAAGGGCGUUGGAAAGUUCCGCACAAGGCGGCAACGCGAUGCAAUUUCAACUUCCGCUGCUAGAGCUGUAG